CUCUCAGGCGCGGCGCGGGCAGCUCCGCCAAGGCCCCGCUGUUAAGUGCGGCCGCGGCACCGCCUCUCCCUUUUCGUCCCCGGCCGCCAUUUUGUAGGCACGCACGGGGAGGCUCGCCCAGCCCCGCUCGCCGGCCUCAGUAAUCCGCCAAAAUGACGAACACAAAGGGAAAGAGGAGGGGGACACGUUAUAUGUUCUCAAGGCCGUUCCGCAAGCAUGGAGUUGUCCCUCUGGCUACCUAUAUGCGCAUCUACAAGAAGGGUGAUAUAGUUGAUAUCAAGGGUAUGGGUACUGUUCAAAAAGGUAUGCCCCACAAGUGUUACCAUGGCAAGACUGGAAGGGUAUAUAAUGUUACUCAGCACGCCGUGGGCAUUAUUGUUAACAAGCAGGUUAAGGGCAAGAUUCUUGCCAAGAGAAUUAAUGUGCGUAUUGAGCAUAUUAAACAUUCCAAGAGCAGAGACAGCUUUCUGCAGCGUGUGAAGGAGAAUGAAAAGAAGAAAAAGGAAGCAAAAGAAAAAGGCAUUUGGGUUCAACUGAAACGUCAGCCUGCUCCACCCAGAGAAGCACACUUUGUGAGAACUAAUGGAAAGGAUCCAGAGCUGCUGGAGCCAAUUCCCUAUGAAUUCAUGGCAUAAUGCAUGUUUAAAAAGAAGUAAAUUAAAGAUCUGGUUUUGGACAAGUGUA